AUGUCUGCCCUUCACAUCGCACUGCUGUACGCGGCAACAGUAAACUCACAACUCACAACCUCAAUCUUAUUGCCCAUGGACAGCUACGGCACCGACAAAAUCGGUUUCCUGGGCUCCGUGGGUGGCGCGAAUGAGACGCACACCACCAUCGCUCUCGAGUACGACAAUGGGACUGACUGGCAAGCCUUAGAACUACCACGCAAUGUAACCCCUGCGACUGUAACGAUUGGACCUAAUAUGUACGAGGCAGCACAGGACCUCUAUUACCUAGCCCAAGGAAUUCGUACGACUGAGGGAGAUUAUAUGUACAAAGUCCACUGUGAUCUGCCUAGUAAGCCGACUGCCAAUGCUUCAUGUAUCGCUUCCUACGGACCUCUGGCUGGUGCAAUUAUGCAAUGCCAAGUUGGAGGCAGCUAUACUUCAACAACCUACGAGACCAAUACCCACACAUACACGCCGCGUGGUAGCGUCUCCGGAGGCGUCGAAAUGCUCACACGCACCAUGGUCCUCCCAGAGCCAAGGGAGAACCGUCCAGAUUGGUGUGGUGAAGAGUCUUAUUCGCCAGAGGAGAGUUAUGUAACCGAGUUUCAGGUGGAGCCAACAUACAUUGCCAUGUAUCAGGUUGUGGUUACGGCCGGAGAGGAGAAACUCGGUGCAACGAGUAGAGCGAGUGCUACGCCUGGGACUGCGACACCAACAUCUUCACUAAUGCCUGCUGCCAGUAAUGUAGACUCCGCUGUUAGUCCAUCGGCGACAGGCGCUGCUGCGUGUAUGGUGAUGGGACGGCGAGCGAUGUUUGGCGUAGUUGCUGUUGUUAUUCUCAUGGUGUAA